AUGUCCAGGCCGCCAUUCACUCAAGCGACUGCACAAGAGAAAGCUUACACUCCAGACUGCAUCUGGCGCAACAGAGACCACUUCUUCAGCGGAACUGAAGCCAUAGUUCAAUUCUUGACUCGCAAAUGGGAGAUUGAGAAAGAAUAUCGCCUCCGCAAGGAACUGUUCGCAUUUGACGAUAACAAAAUCGCCGUACAGUUCUGGUACGAGUUUAAGCACGCCGAAACCGGAAAGUGGAUGAGGUGUUAUGGUCUUGAAGACUGGACUUUUGCCGAUGAUGGCAAGAUGCGCAAGCGCCAGAUGAGUGGUAACAACAUCGAGAUCAGCGAAUCUGAGCGUUGGUUCAAGGAUGGAGUUGAUGUGAACUCGGUGGAGAUCUCCGAAGCUCAC